AUGACUUCCGUUGAUCCAGCCUCUCUGCUAGUGUCUGCGGCUGUCCCAGCAUUCAAGUGUCCUGCUGGGACAAAGAUGCAUAUCUUGAACCUGGGCACCCUCCAAGCAGACGAAUCUUGGAUCUUCCGGGGUGCAAAUGCAAGCUCCGUGAGCAACCCCAAUCCAGUGAAUAAACGUCGGGAUUUAGUGCUUCUUUCGGCUCUGAUUGAGUACCCGGGGGUUGGCCUCAUUCUUUAUGAAACGGGCUGUGCUGAGGAUCUAGACGUGAAAUGGCCGGCACCAGUCACGGAUGUCUUUCCGCGAACUGAGUACUCCGAGAAUAAUAAGCUCCCGAAUGCUAUCAAAGCCACUGGAAACGACAUCAAAGACGUGAAAGCAGUCAUCAUUGGACACCUGCAUCUUGAUCAUGCCGGAGGACUUGAGCAUUUUGCGAAAACAGAUGUCCCAAUUUACGUCCAUGAAGAAGAAUUCAAGCACGCUUGCUGGGCGGUAGCAACCGGGGCAGACUUGGGUGUCUAUUUGGGACAUUAUAUGCUCCUUGAAGAGUUGAAGUGGAACACUUUCAACGAGUCUCAACUUGACAUUUUUCAAGGCAUAACCCUCUACCAUUCACCAGGCCACACACCUGGUCUCUGCAUUAUGCAAGUGAAUCUCGCGAAUGAUGGACCCUUCAUUUGGACCUCGGAUCAAUUUCACGUUGCAGAAAACUAUGACCUAGGCCAUCCUCAUGGAGGAUUAGCUAGGGAUCACAAUGCGUGGUAUCGCAGUCUCAAUAUGAUCCGCAGGCUUCAAAGACUGUACAAUGCGACAUUGAUUUUCGGUCAUGACAAGGAUGUUGCCAAUAAGCUCAUGAAUGCCAAGCCGUACUAUGAGUGA